AUGGCGUCCCAAGACUUCGGAGAGGCGACCUAUGUCGUUGGACGACAUCGAAAAAACCCUGUUCUCAUGUACACCAGCCGUACAGAUAGAAAUAAAGUCUACGAGUUUAUGAUAGCAUGCCGAUAUAAGAUCCCUGGCCUCGUAUCUUGGAAAUGCGUCUCUUGCUCAAAAGUUAAAAACGGUUAUCGAAACUUGGGUGCCGAGCUGAAACGAAAAGUUCCAUUGAUUCUAGUCGACAAUGACAUUAUCAAAGAAGACCCGGAGAAACCAUUGAAUGCUGAGCACUUUUGCAAUGGUAAAGAUGCCGUUGAUGCUGUGUUAGAUAGAGCAAGACUCGAAUUUGUACAUCGUCACGGAAACGAAGAAGCAAACAGUUCGAAAAUGCGGGAAACUAUUCAUCACUUUGCACGAGAAGCAGCUGCUUGUGCUCCUAUCCCGUUGAAUCUAAAAGAGAAACGGCAGGUUCAACGACAACUUGAUGCUAAAUGUCUCCCUCUGCUUCAUGGAGUCAACAAACGGAGAAGAAAUAAAAGAAACAAAGAAAUAAAAGGAUCGGUUUCUGUAGAAAAAGGUUUCCCACAUAAUGCCGCAGAGCUUCCCGAACGUAGAAAUAUGCCGUCAUCUUCUGACCAUCAUCAUCACGAGCAUCCAGAAGCAAUUUUUCCAAUAAACAGACAAGCUGGAGGAAUAAAAUAUGAUCCAGAAGUGACAGAUACCCCCAGGAAAAAAGCUCGAACGAACAAACAGGCUCCGCAGUACCCCGUAUCAUCCCAACCCCGACCUGUUCGACCACUCCCACCGUACACGUAUAGACAAACUGCCCCUUCUGAUGUUCACCAACCCUAUCAUACGACAGCUCAUCCAGAACAAAUUGAAUAUUAUGAAGAGAUUAUUGAGGAAAUCGAGCCAGUGUUCAACAGUGACGAUCUAAUCUCUGGGGACCAGCAACAAGUUGCAUAUAGUAUCGAGCUGUAA